AUGAGAUUUUCUUUAGUUCUUUUUAAACGUUUUCAAACUAUAUUUCAUACUCGUCUUGCUUCAUCAUAUGUUGUUCAAGAGCUACAAGCUGAUCAAUAUGGUGUACCUAGUGAAGUUCUUAAACUUAAUGAAACAACAUCAAUCGAUGCAAGUCAAUUAAAACCCAAUGAUGUACUCAUUAAAUUAUUAGCUUCACCCAUUAAUCCAGCCGAUAUAAAUAUGAUUGAAGGAAAAUAUGCAUUACUUCCAUCGUCGCUGCCAGCAACAUUUGGUAAUGAAGGUGUUUUUCAAGUUGUCGAUCAUCGAGCAUCCGACGAACAAGUUCGUCCAGGUGAUUGGGUUCUACCUAAAAUACUUGAUUGGGGCAAAUGGCGUUCAUAUGGUAUUGUAUCAAUCAAUGAUUUAAUCAAAAUUCCAUCGGAUAUUGGAGUUGAAUCAGCUGCAACUCUAUCAGUCAAUCCGUGUACAGCAUAUAGAUUAUUAAAAGAUUUUGUUACAUUAGAAAAAGGUGAUACUAUUAUACAAAAUGGUGGUAAUUCAGGUGUUGGACAAGCUGUUAUACAGUUGGGUAAAUUAUGGAAUAUUAAUGUUGUUAGUAUUAUACGAAAUCGAGAACAAGGUAUGAACGAAUUAGUUGAUUAUUUAAAAUCACUUGGUGCUGAACAUGUUUAUGUUGAAGAAGAUUUAAGAAAAGAAACUCUUCGUAAAACGCUGUGGUCUACAAUCCCUCGACCAAAACUUGGCCUUAAUUGUGUUGGUGGACGAGCUACAAGUGAUCUGCUUCGUGUACUUGAUAAAUCAGCGACACUAGUUACAUAUGGUGGCAUGAGUAAGCAACCAGUAACUGUGCCAACAGCAGAAUUUAUAUUCAAUGAUCUAAAUUGUCGAGGAUUUUGGAUGAGUCGAUGGAAAGCAGAAAAUUAUAAAGGAAGUCAAUUUGCACAAAUGCUUUAUGAAUUAAUCGAUUCGAUUCGACGCAAUGAAUUAAAAGCACCACAAUGCGAAAAAUUUCUAUUAAGUGAUUAUAAAGCAGCUGUUGAACAAGCUCAAAAACCAUUAAAUACGACAAAAGUUCUGCUAACAGUUGAAUAA